AUGGCGACGGCCAAUAAUCAGGAUGCCGAGAAAGGCAUCGGUAUCGCCGAGAAAGGCGAUCAUAAUAGCGAACAACACUCGCAAGAUAUCGAGUCUGAGAAGACAAAGGAUCAUCAUGAAUCGCAAGGUUUCCGCCUCGACACAGCGGAUGCCCUAACUCCGGACCCUGGCACUGAGGAUAUGUUCAACGCCAAGAGUGACAAGUUCGCCUUUUCGCCAGGCCAGCUCUCCAAAUUGCUGAACCCCAAGAGCCUGAACGCAUUCUAUGCGCUCGGUGGCCUCGCCGGUCUGGAAAAGGGUCUCCGAACCAACAGAAAGACCGGUUUGAGCGUCGACGAGAACACGGUGGACGGCACGGUUUCGUUCGAGGAAGCUGCCCUCAAAGGGGCACCCAAAUAUGGCACGGCUGGCGACAGCGUGCCCCAGCGAGACCCAAACUCGAAGACGGACAUCUUCAUCCCGCCUCCUCCGAGCGAGUAUACCGGCGGAUUCUCAGAUCGCAAGCAUACAUUCAGGGACAACACCUUGCCCGACAAGAAACAGAAGAGCUUUUUGCAGUUGCUGUGGAUCACCUACAACGACAAGAUCCUCAUUCUGUUGUCGAUUGCUGCGAUUGUUUCCUUCUCCCUCGGCCUCUAUCAGUCUUUUGGCCCGCAGCACGAACCCAAUGAGCCGAGAGUUGAUUGGGUAGAGGGUGUGGCUAUCAUGGUGGCAAUCAUUCUUGUUGUUUUCGUCGGGGCAAUCAAUGACUGGAACAUGCAACGUCAGUUCAAUAACCUGAACAAGAAGAACGACGAUCGAACGGUCAAAGUCAUCCGAUCUGGCAAAUCAGUCGAGAUCUCCGUUCACGAGCUUGUCGUUGGCGAUGUGAUGCACCUCAACACUGGAGACAUAGUCCCUGUCGAUGCGAUCUUUAUCGACGGCCACGGAGUCAAGUGUGACGAAUCAUCCGCCACCGGAGAGUCUGAUCUUCUCAAGAAGACCGCCGCUGAUGAGGUUUCCGAAGCACUGGACAAAGUGGCCCACGAUGGCGCCAGCCAACAAAAAGUUGAAAAGCUGGACCCCUUCAUCAUCUCUGGCAGCAAAAUUCAGGAGGGUACGGGCACUUGCAUCGUCACUGCCGUCGGCGUCAACUCUUCGUACGGCCGGAUUACGAUGUCACUGAGGACCGAACAGGAAGAAACGCCUCUGCAGAGGAAGCUCAACAUACUUGCAGACUUCAUUGCCAAGGUCGGCGGCGCUGCCGCCCUCCUCUUGUUCGUGGUCCUUUUCAUCAAGUUUCUCGUCAACCUGAAGAACCUUGGGAGUGCAGACGCGAAAGGCCAAGCAUUCAUGAAGAUUUUUAUUACGUGUGUUACGAUUGUCGUGGUGGCAGUACCCGAGGGCCUGCCACUUGCCGUUACUCUCGCCCUCUCGUUCGCGACGAACCGCAUGAUGAAGGACAACAACUUAGUUCGCGUCCUGAAGGCGUGCGAAACCAUGGGAAACGCGACAACCGUGUGCUCCGACAAGACCGGUACCCUGACACAAAACAAGAUGACGGUAGUAGCAACGACUUUGGGGAAGAGUGUCAGUUUCGGUGGUACAGAUGCUCCUCUCGAAGAGCCCACGACCGAGAAGUCGGCAGGCGGAAACUCCAAUCCCAACGCUGGUCGAACGAACGCGGUUUCGAACGUUUCUCUCGGAGAUUUCACCAAGAGUCUUAGCCAAGAAACAAAACAACUCGUGAUCCAGGGCAAUGCGGUCAACUCUACGGCCUUUGAGGGCGACGAUGAAGGAGAAAAGACCUUUAUCGGAUCCAAGACAGAAGUCGCUCUCCUCACUUUCUGCCGGGAUCAACUGGGCGCCGGUCCUGUUGAGGAGGAGCGCACGAACUCGAACGUCGUCCAGGUUGUACCCUUCGACUCUGCUGUCAAGUACAUGGCCACAGUGGUCAAACUUCCUGAUGGAAAGUACAGAGCCUACGUGAAAGGUGCUUCUGAGAUUCUUCUGGACAAGUGCACCAAGGUUCUGGAUGAUGCGAAGGGUUCGGAUCUUAACGUCGUGGACCUCACGUCUGAAGACUGCGAAAUGUUUUCUCAGACCAUUAGCUCAUACGCCGGCCAGACACUGCGGACGAUUGGCUCUUCAUUCCGGGAUUUCGAGUCGUGGCCCCCGAAAGAAGCCGUCUCCUCGGACGACCCGAAGGCUGCAGACUUCAACAAGAUCCACGAAGACAUGACACUGAUUGCUAUUUAUGGCAUCAAAGACCCGUUGCGACCCACGGUUAUUGAUGCUAUCAAUGAUUGUACUCGCGCAGGCGUCGUCGUCCGCAUGGUUACAGGCGACAACAUUCUGACAGGAAAGGCGAUUGCAAAGGAAUGCGGCAUAUACCAUCCCGAAGAUGGCGGCAUCGCCAUGGAGGGACCGGAGUUUCGCAGGAAAUCUGAAGAAGAGCUCAAAGAGAUCGUUCCACGACUACAGGUUCUAGCCCGUUCGAGCCCUGACGACAAGAGAAUCCUUGUGCGGACUCUCAAGGACCUCGGAGAGACUGUUGCCGUAACUGGUGACGGUACCAACGAUGCACCGGCACUCAAACUGGCAGAUAUCGGCUUUUCCAUGGGUAUUGCAGGAACUGAAGUUGCAAAGGAGGCUUCUGAGAUUAUCCUGAUGGACGACAACUUCGCAUCCAUCGUCAAGGGAAUGAUGUGGGGCAGAGCCAUCAAUGACUCCGUGAAGAAGUUCUUGCAGUUUCAACUCACCGUCAACGUGACCGCCGUCGUUCUGACAUUCAUAACUGCGGCGAUUGACCCAAAUCAACAGUCAGUUCUGAACGCCGUUCAACUGCUUUGGGUAAACUUGAUCAUGGACACUUUCGCUGCGCUCGCGCUCGCCACAGAUCCGCCAACACGCAGUGUACUUGACCGCAAGCCCGAACGCAAGUCGGCGCCCUUGAUCACAUUGAGAAUGGCUAAGAUGAUUAUCGGUCAAGCCAUCGUCCAACUUGUCAUCACAAUCGUUCUGAAGUAUGUGGGCGAGGCCGGCGGACUAUGGUACCCUCGCGACGGUGAUCGCUUGAGUGACAACAAUCAACGACAACUGAACACUCUUGUGUUCAAUACCUUCGUCUGGCUACAAAUCUUCAACGAACUCAACAAUCGCCGGCUGGACAACAAGCUCAACGUCUUUGAGAACAUCACCAAGAAUUGGUUCUUUAUCGGCAUCAACCUGAUCAUGAUAGGUGGGCAGAUAUUGAUCAUCUUCGUAGGCGGAGAUGCGUUCGUAAUCAACAGGCUGGAUGGCAGGGAAUGGGGCGCAUCUAUUGGAUUGGGUGCAAUCUCGCUGCCACUGGGAGCCCUCAUUCGACUCUUCCCAGACAACUGGGUGGGUGCGUGCAUGCCCUGGUUCAUUCGCAAGAAGUGGGCGCCAGAGAGUAUUUCAGAGAAGCGCCUGGAAGAACAUCGUGAAUUCGCCGAGGGCAAGGAGCCACCUCUGCGUGCACUCACUGGUCUCCGAGGCAACAGGGCUCAGACUCACAUUCCGUUCCGUCAGAAGAUGCACGAUGCCAAGGUGAAGGCGAAGAAGAAGGCGCAUCUGGACCGCGCCCUCUUCAAGAACAACUUCUCCAUGCUUGGCUUCGUCUUCGCGACGGGCUUUGCUUUCGAGAUGGGCUUCAACGGUGCGAUGAACAAGUACUGGGACUACCUCAACCGCGGCCGCCAAUGGAAGGACAUCCGCCACAAGUACGUCGAGGCCGGUGGUGACGAGGAUGACGAGUAA